CCGGGCUAGCCUCUGGCUGGAGGCAUGCUCUGAACUACGUCUCCCAGCAGCCCGUGCUUGCCCAAUAAAGGAAACAGUCACGGUGGUUCCUCCUGGACUUUGGGCAGAGGUUUUAAGCUGGGGAAGAGGCAGAGUGCUGGCGGUCCUGUUGCACGGAGCCCGUGUCUCACCCCAAAAGGGCAGCUCGUCUCCCCGCCGGCAGAGCCGGGAUGGCGGUGCAGGUGGCGGUUCUGCCUUCCCCCCGCUGUCUGUUCGACGACCCCGUGCAGAUCCGUGUGGCCGGUCUCCUGCCGCGGCAGGCGGUCACCCUCCGAGCCAGCCUGCUGGACGAGAGCGGGGAGCUUUUCCAAGCCCACGCCCGGUACAGAGCGGGGAGCAGCGGGGAGCUGGACCUGAGCCGCUGCCCGGCGCUGGGCGGCAGCUAUUCGGGCGUGGAGCCGAUGGGGCUGCUCUGGUCUCUGCAGUCUAACGCGCCCUACAAGCGGCUGGCCAAGAGGAACGUCCUGACCCCUUUCUCUGUGGACUUUGAAGUGUACGAGGGCCAUGGGGACAUGAGCCGCUUGCUGGGAAAAUGCACCAAUGAACGAUGGUUUUUAGGAGAGGGAGUGAAGAGGAUUUCAGUCAGAGAAGGUCGUCUGAAAGCAACCCUCUUCCUCCCUCCUGGACCUGGUCCCUUUCCUGGACUUAUCGAUUUGUAUGGAUCUGGAGGAGGUCUUAUUGAAUACAGAGCAAGUCUCCUGGCUAGCAGAGGCUUCGUGACUCUGGCUCUUGCUUACAUGGCCUUUGAAGAUCUCCCUACUAUGCCAGAGAUUCUUGAACUGGGCUAUUUUGAGGAAGCUGUGAACUUUUUGCGGAAGCAGCAGCAGGUGAAAGACACUGGGAUUGGCGUUCUGGGCUUGUCUAAAGGAGCUGAUCUAGCCCUUUCCAUGGCCACGUUUCUACCUGGCAUCAAGGCAGCAGUCAGCAUAUCUGGAAGUAGUUUUAAUUCUUUCAUUCCCCUGCAGGGGGAUGGCUUCACUAUUCCUGCCCACCCAUAUGAUUUGGGGAGGAUGAAGACCAGUGAAGAGUCUGGCCUAAUAGAUUUUUCAGAUGUCCUGGAUGAUCACAGGGACCCAGCAACUUGGGGUUGUCGCAUUCCCGUGGAGAGGUCCUUGGCCAAGUUCCUCUUCCUCUCGGGACUGGAUGACAAGAACUGGAAAAGUGACCUCUAUUGCCAGGAUGCUGUUCAGCGCCUUCAGCAGCACGGGCGGGAAGUUGAGUUUUGCUCCUAUUCUGGAGCAGGGCACCUCUUGGAGCCACCAUACUUGCCUUUGUGCCAGGCUUCGAUCCACAGGGCGAUUGGGGCGUUUGUACUUUGGGGAGGGCAAUGGAGGGAGCAUGCCAAAGCCCAAGAAGAUGCAUGGCGCAGGAUACAGGCCUUUUUCUGGCAACACUUGGUGGACUCGGACAUCCCUAAGAGCAAACUGUAGUGGAAGCUGUCAAAAAUGCUGAACAGGGUUGGUAUUUCAGCUCUCAGUGAAUCUUGGAAACUCACUGAAAGUUUCCUGGUCUGCCUUCCUCUAAACUCCACUGUUGCAUAGUGGUUUAUUUUAAUUCCCCAAAUAAUUUUCCAUUUUAAAAUUUAAUUUUAGUUGUCUUCUGGCCCCAGCUGCCCUGUACUUUGGCACCAUCUGAUCUACCUGUGUGCUGCAGUCAUCUGAGAAAAGCCCAGCAUCCCAUCGUGCAGAUUGCAUUUGUACUGACCUGUCUUUGCCCUUAAUUUCCAAACAUCUCCUUUGCUAACAGGGAAUACUCUCAUAGGUGGAGUUUUCCACUGAAUUGUUUAGCCUUGCAUCUUUAACUAACCUACAUGUAAACAGCAGUUUCUUGAGACAGCACACCAGCACAUUCACCUUUCCUCUUGCUGUAUAAUUUUCUCAGUAAAAACCUUGCGACAGUUCUGAUCUCAACUGAGUAAAGAGGCACUCUUCUGAUUUAUUCUGAAGUGCAGUGAUAACUUUUUUUUUUUUUUCCU